CCAUGCUGCACCAACCCUCGUCUCUUUCUCCACGCCUCUCCCUCCUUCCUGUCCUCCUCUACUCCCUUCGCUCUCUGGUCCAGUGCGUCUCUGCGUCUGAGUGGAUGAAGUGGGGCAGGAUGCAGAAACACCAGUGCGUGUGGAGUGUGUUUCUCUUCCUGUCGCUGACACUGAGAUGGCAUGGGGCUCAGAGCCAGACCACCAACUUCACCAGGCCAGUGUUCCACUGUGGAGGUCACCUGGUGACUGAUUCGGGUUUUGUGGGUAGCGAGGGCUUCCCCAGCCUCUACAAACCCAACAGUAAAUGCACCUGGUAUAUUACUGUCCCAGAGGGACAAGUGGUCAUGCUCUCCUUCCGCUUGUUUGACCUGGAGGCCGACCCCACCUGUCGCUAUGACUACCUGGACGUGUUCAACGGCCACUCGCAGUCGGCGCAGAAGCUGGGCCGUUUCUGCGGAACGUUCCGGCCGGGGGCCCUCAUCUCAACCUCUAACACCAUGAUGCUGGAGAUGGUGACCGACAGUGGCACUGCCGGACGGGGGUUUGUGGCCUACUACCAAGGAGGAAAACCACACGUGGACGAGAACCAGUUCUGUGGGGGAAGACUUACAAAGGAGCAGGGUUCUGUCAAGACACCCAACUGGCCCAACGCCGAUUACCCAGCUGGAAUCAGCUGUUCCUGGCACAUCUCCGUGGAGCCCAGCAACGUGAUCGAGGUCAAGUUUGAGAAGUUGAACAUAGAGGCGGAUAUGUACUGUCGCUACGACUACGUGGCGUUUUUCAACGGCGGCGAGAGGGACGACUCACGGCGGAUCGGGAAAUACUGUGGUGACAGGGUGCCAGGGUCAAUUGUGACCAACGGCAAUGAGCUCCUGGUGCAGUUUGUGUCUGACCUCAGUGUGACCUCCGCCGGCUUCAUGGCCUUCUACAACAGUGUUCCCCGGGGUUCCCGGACCCCCUCCGCCGGGGGAGACACCCUGCAUGGGCCUCGGGUCACCGCCACACCCCGGAAACCAGCCCGGCCCACCCUCAAACCCAGGCCAGGCUUCCGGACCAGGCCCACCCCUAAACCAGCCACCAGGCCAGUCGUGAGGAAACCAGUGAAGCCUCUGCCACCGAGGAAACCCACAGCCAAGCCGGUAGUCAGACCCACACCGCGACCUAAACCCGCCAAGCCCAUUCCUAAACCCGCCAAGCCCAUUCCUAAACCCGCCAAGCCCACUCCUAAACCCGGGGCCAAGGCUAUGCCAACCCGUAAACCCAGCAUCAAGGCAAAAUCCAAGCCCACGCUGAAACCAGGAGGCAGACCGGUGAAAACAACAAAGAAGCCAGUUGUCGUUAAACCCGGAGCCAAGUCCACAGCCAAACCGGGGACUAAGCCUAAAGCCACAGCCAAACCGGGGACUAAGCCUAAAGCCACAGCCAAACCGGGGACUAAGCCUAAAGCCACAGCCAAACCGGGGACUAAGCCUAAAGCCGGCGCCAAGACUGUGCCGACCCGGACCAAGGCAGUGACUAAGAAGCCUGUCAUGAGCUUGAAACCCCUUCCAGUGAAUCCACUGUGCACCCAGGCGUGUAAAAGAACUGGAACACUGCAAUCCAACUUCUGCCCUCAUGAUUUCGUGGUUACGGGGAAGGUGGUGUUGCUGACUCCGGGUCCCAGAGGCAGUGUGACCGUAGAGGUGUCUCUGAUCAAGGCCUAUAAGAGUGGUCACCUGGCCAUCACCAAGUCAGGACCAGCCAUGUCUGUUAAACUCACCUCAACCUGCAAGAGAUGUCCUGGGCUACACAAAGGGGCAAAUUACGUGUUGAUGGGUGAAGUGGAUGCCGCUGGGCAUGGACUUCUCAGCCCCUCCAGCUUCGUCCUCCAGUACAAGGCCGUCCACGCCAAGGCUCUGGCCACUCUCAGCCGCCAACCAUGCUGACCUCAUAGACCUGUCCACCAACAGGGAAGUGUGCAGAAGCUGCCAUUCUUAACACAUAGCGCUCGACAGCAGACGAAAUACGAAACACAAAAAGGUCAAUCUAAAUUAUUUUUAAUUGGCCGAUCCUUCGGUGAAAAAUGCAAAAGGGGGGCUUCUAAAGCCCUGAACAACAGGCCCUCGGUAGCUGAAAAAAAGGCUAUUUGAACAUGCCCAUGAUACAAGUCAGAGAUAGUCUAAAUAUUCAUUAUUUAAAAAAGAAAAAUAGACUACAUUUCUUUAAUGUGAAGUAAUUAAUAUCCAGGCCUCUUAUUUUCAUCAUGUGCACCUUAAAAAGGCCUUGUCCAACUACACUAGGCCCCUUCUCACAAGCUCUGGUGGACUAAUAAAAACUCAAACUAAGUAAGAAGAAAAUAGCUGCCAAAAUAUAAAUGUUUGUUGUAUUACUUCCUCUUUUUAUACACCCGGAUGUAAGUUUUUUAACUUGUCUGUAAAAUAUGAUACUCCACUGAUUAAAGGAUGUGUAUCAAAACAG